AUGUCGACAAUGCUCCUCAACUCUUCGUUGGUCUUUCCAACGUCUUCUGCGUUGCAACAACAGCAGCUUCGAGGUGUGCCCAACCGUCAUGGAUCGCUGGUGGUUCCAUACUCGACGAGUUCUUCCUUGUACAAGUCUGCCUUGCCAUCCACGAAUGCUGGUGCAUCAAAGGCAGUCCAAGGAUCAUCCAGUCAGCAUCAGCACAUUCAGAUGGCAAAGAAGACAGCCAGAGCAUUGCUCAGCACCGUCUCGGAUUCGUCCAAGCUUGCUGGCAAAUCAUCAUCCACCACCACCACCAAUGCUACCAUCAAACGAUCCAAAGCCAGUGCGGCCAUGUCGAAUGCUGUCAAUGCUUACAUUCCAUCCUCAUCUUCCAAAGCCAUCCCCAAGUUGAUGCACGCCAGUCUUCCACUUCAAAUUGGCAUUGGCAUGGCCUCGGCCUGCUAUUGGCGAGGCAUGUGGUAUGUCUUGGACGAUCAAUUGUAUCCACAAGACCAAGCCAAAUCGGCCAUUGCGAGUCUAGCCGCGGGCAGUGUGGGACUGGCAGCCUCUCAAGCCUACUUGUUUGAUCCUGGCUGCCACGAAUUCAAAUGGCCCAAGACGGCGACCAUGUGCAAGGGUACCGAAGCCAAGAAAUGGUUGGCCCUAUAUGGACUUACCACCUCGUGCAUUUUGAUUUGGAGAGGUGCGUGGGUGGGUUGCGAUGUGGUGUACGAAAGUAUUACCAAUGAAUCGGCCCUGGAUCCCAAGCAUUUGACCAUUUCGGGAUUGGCCAGUCAUGGAAUUGCCUUGGUGGGUCUCCUUGCCAUGGGACGUCUCUCGAGUACCCUAGGGCCUCCCUACCAUGGGACGCUUGUCAUGAAGGAUGAGGACAAGUUGAAUACCAAAAACAAGAACUUGAAGCGGAACAUGGCACGAACGGCAGGGCGUUCGUCGCGAAUGUCCAUGGUCUUGCCUCUGGUAGGAGAGGGAUACGGCAAGUUGCGCCAAAUGCUCCCAAAGAAAUGA